AUGCAUACACUUCUCCUAUUCUUUCUGACGACUCGAGUAAUAGCCGGUACAAUUGAAUUAGCAUCGAGAGCGAGUGCAUCCGACAAUGACUCUGCCUAUUCUGAGUCGGCCAGUUCUGCUCUUACACCACUCGGGUAUGCUGCAGCCUUUGUUAACACUGAUGUAUUGGCUAGUGGAGACGGUUAUCUAGAAGAUUUCACAUUGGUCGACUACGACGUUGACGCGUGUGCGGAACGGUGUGACGACAACAAAGAAUGUGUUGCUUUCAAUAUCUACUUCAAGCCCGAUCACCCCAAAACUUCGUCAAACGAUAAGACAGCGGUCAUCAAGUGUGCCCUAUGGUCCAACCCACUAAGUCUCCCGGAUACAGAGAUUGGCAGCGAUGUUGUUGCCGGAAGCAAUGCUUACAAUCAAGAAAAGGCUCUGGCUGGUCCAGGGCCUGGAUCGGUACAGACACUGCCAAUCAAGUUUCCCAGCGUGACGCAGCUUGGAGAUACUUAUUAUUCCGUGGAGCUGACGUGCGAUGGCCAACGAAUGCCUGUUAUGCUUGAUACUGGCUCCGCUGAUCUGUUUCUUGUAUCCAACGAGUGCCCAAACACUCCCACUAGUGGGUGUUACAACAGCACGCCUUUCGAUAUCCAGCCAACGACAAAUAUGCCAGUGAAUCAAAGUUUCUUUACAAUUGUUGGGGCUGGGCCAGUACUUGGCAACCAGUCUAUCUUGAAUGUCCAAUUUGGCACAAAGGACAUUAUUGCGAGAGACUUGAGUGUCGGUCUUGCUUACAACGCUGUGCAGAUGGAGUUUCAGAAUGGAAGCUUUUCUGGAAUACUAGGCAUGGGUCUCCGAAAUGUUUCCCGACAGUUCUACCAGUAUCAGAACUUACCACCAUUCGAUACCUUGGUAGCACAAGAAAGGGUACUUGCACCCAAGUUCUCAACAGUAUUCCCGCGAUACGCGGAUCCGAACAGUCCUAAAGAAGGUCGUUUGACUAUAGGUGGCAUCGACAAGGAAGCCUCGAAUGGACGGAAGAUAACAUACAGCGACAUAGUAGACAGCCCCAAUUAUAAUUACCCAGGGGCCCCUCCAGCACCGCAGCUCUGGUCUAUUAUCGUUGAUGGGAUGAGGUUUAACGGCAAAAACAUUUCCCUACCGGCAAGUGGUAUUGUUUCAGGAUCGCCGUAUAUUGCAGCUUUAGACAGUGGGACGUCAUUUAUGGCUGUUGGUGGCAUAGUGUUCGACCAGAUCGCAGACAAUAUCAUUGGCCCAUCGCAAUCAUCAGGGGUGGUUGCCUCAUUCGAUUGCUCAACACCACAGCAUUUGGAGAUCAAGAUAAAUGGCCAAUGGAUUGAUAUCAAUCCUCUCGACUUGAUCACCCCAGGAGACUGGUGUCGAGCUUCUAUCAAUGCGCAGAGCCUUUCAUUGGCUGACUCAAUAUUGGGCGUUCCCUUUCUCCGUAACGUUUUGGCAGUUUUUGACUACGUGUCGGAUGAUAUGUACUCCGUACAACCGAGGAUUGGCAUCGCUCCUUUGACUAAUUGGUCCUUGGCUUUGGAGCAAUAUAAAUUCUCGUACCAGGCGAGAGUUGGCGCGCAGAUACCUUUUCCUGGCUUCUAA